AUGGACGCCCUGUUCGCCUCUCCUUCUUGUGCCAUCCCGUUGCCGAUUGCCACGCUUCCUGCAGCGACUGGCAUCAGCGGCAUCAGCCAAAAGGGAAAACUUGAGUGUCAAGGGGACAAGGGACCAGCGGCCAACCCAGCCCGCCGUGUCUAUCCUGUCUGCGCCGUUGCCCGCCUUUGCCUUUUGCGGCUCCAUGGUCCUGAUCCAUCCAUUGACUGCUUCGUCGUCCCUGAUUCUGCCCGACUUGUUGACAUGGUUGAAUUGAAUUCGCCGACAAACGGCCCCCUUGCCUUGCCUGCGGCUAACAACACGGCUGCUGCAUCACAUACCGUAAAAUUGCCCUUCUUUUCUGCACAAUGCCUUGCGUGCCAUGCCUGCCAGUUCCCUGUCAUAUACAGUCUGUCCAGGCGUGCCAGGCCAAUCUGGAGUCACAACGUGUGGCACAUCGAAUGCGACAAUGCUUUCCAAGCAAAACUUCACCAGAAGCAACUAGUCUCCCAAUUCUCUCCACCUCUGCCAUGA